AUGCAGAACAGGCUCGCUACCAUCGGCGAUGUUGCCGGAAAGCACUUUGAUUUUGUUGUCAUUGGUGGUGGUACGGCCGGACUGACCCUCGCUAGUCGAUUGACAGAAAAUCCUCGAGUUUCAGUUGUCGUCCUUGAGGCCGGGGACGCACAUUUUGAGGACUCUAAAAUCCUGACACCCGAUGGGUUCAUGCGACAGCUGAGGCAACCGGAGUACGAUUGGGCAUUCUGGACUGUCCCGCAGAAACACUCCGGAGAUAAAGUCAUCUCAUGGAGCAGGGGCAAGGGUUUGGGAGGCAGUUCAGCGAUGAACUUUCUCAUGUGGACGACGCCGCAGCGCGAAGACAUUGACGGAUUCGAGAAGUUGGGGAACACGGGCUGGAAGUGGGAAAUGCUCGCCACAUAUAUGAAGAAAAUCGAGAGGUCACCAUCUGGUCUAGGUCUGAUACCAGUAGGGUAUGCACAUACACCAUCUGGAGCUGAGCUGCCAUUUCAGCAGAGCAUGAAUGCCAAUGGAAUACCCAUUGCUUCUGUUGAUGAUACAACCUGUGGGAGCUGGAUGUCUCCAUCAAGUAUUGAACCAGAAACUGGUUGUCGUGUUGAUGCAACAACUGCAUAUCUACUUCCAGCAUUGCAGAGACCUAAUCUCCAUGUCUUGACUGGAGCAUAUGUGACAAAGCUUCUCACAUCUGAUGGCACCAGGCUCACAGCAAUGGGUGCUGAGUUUGUGUACAAUUCUCUCCUACACAAUGUUUAUGUAGACAAGGAGAUCAUUUUGUCUGCUGGGGCUGUGAAAUCCCCACAAAUCUUGGAGCUCAGUGGAAUAGGCAACUGCAAAUUAUUGAGAUCUCUUGGAAUACCUGUGAAGAUGGACCUCCCAGCUGUAGGGGGAAGCCUCAGAGACAAAGUCACAGUAUCCAUUGUGUUGGAGAUGAAGGAAGGACAUGACAUUUUCAGCUUCAACUUGAUGGCCAAUCCUGAGUUCCAUUCAAGGCUGAAUGAGGUCUAUCCCAAUGCAACUGGCAAAUUCUCUAGUGUUGUCUCUGGGAUGACUUUCAUUCCUACACAGGCACUUCCAGAGGGCACUCAGGCCUCAAUUUUCAGCACUGCAGAGACAUUUGUCCAGAAUGCCAAGCAACAUGGCUUGUACACCAAAGUGCAUGAGCUCCUGAUGGAUCAUCUAGGGAAUAGCAAAGUUCCAGACUUUGAGGUCAUUGUGACACCUUUUGUACCUGGAGCACCUAAUCCUAAGAAAGCCUACAUUGCUCUUGUAAUCUGCCUGAGCCAUCCAUUCUCUAGUGGAGAUACUCAUAUUCAGUCUGCAGACCCUCAGAUAGCACCACUCAUUGAUCCUUGUGUCUUUGAGUGUGCUAUAGACCUGAAUAUACUUGUUGAGGCUUUCAAGUUUACUAGAAAGGUCAUACAGACAGCACCCUUUUGUGACUUGGUGUCGAAGGAGAUAAGACCUGGGCCAGAGGUCCAAUCUGAUAAUGAGAUCAAGGCUGCCAUCCAAGGCAAUAUUGCAACUAUAUGGCACAGUUCCGGUACUGUAUCAAUGAUGCCUAAGGAGAUUGGUGGUGUGGUAGAUACCAAGCUGAAAGUCUAUGGCACUACAAAUGUCCGCGUGGUUGACAUGUCUAUUGUUCCAUUGCCUAUUGGCACUCAUACUCAGUGUAUGUUGAUCUCAAUAUCCCAUUGGUAUGAACUUUGA